GAACGUGAAGUCACCUGUGCGUGAGUGCAAGGUUGCCAUUACAAACAGCUAAUACUCUGUGAACUAGAGCGACACAGUGUUGUGAUCGUUGUGAUAUAGUGAUCAUAGUGAUUGUGGAGCGGGGAAUUUUAGAUCUUAUAGAUGGCAAACGUAGGGCAAAAUCGUGUAGAUUAGCGGUCGAUGUGCGCAAGGGUGCGUAUGCAGUGCUUUACAUUGAAUUGUUGCCUAGUGACUGAGAAGUGUAUGUGAGGAUAGUGACGAAUUGUGCAGCACUGAAUUCAUGUACAAAUGGGUCGACAAAGUUCAAAGAGAAGAAAGGAUACGGAAUCUUGUACUCUUGGCAGACAACAUUUGAAGGAUGCUCUGGUGUCACUGAAGAAACCUUGUCAUAAGGCAAAGAGAAUGGAUAUGGUGAAGAAGAAGUGUGGGAAAGAAGAUGUCAGCUUCUAUAAAGGAUCUUCUGUGGUUACACCAUUCUCCCAUACCUACACGAUGUUAGAGCUAAGGAAGUGUUUCCUUCGUCACAACUGGAUUGAUGCUGCAAAACUUUUAUUAAUGCUGCUGGAUGGAGGCUCACUUUUUCUUAAACGAGUGAUGUUGAAGAGUUGUAUCUUCAUUUUACUGAAUCAUCCAAGAGCAUCAUCACAACAUAGAGAGGAGUUCAUCAGAAUGUGCAGUGGUGGUGGUGUUGAUGCAGAUGAACUGAUGAAUUCUCUGUUGACUUUUCCACAUGACAACAGGUAUCAGCGUGUGGUGUCAUAGUGUCAACUACAUAACCCUGAAGUAAAUCCUGUGUUAGAACUUGGCGGUUUGUCGUGUUCAGAAAUCAUAUUUCAGCUCACUGUUAGAAUAAGUUAAUUUUAUCUGUUUCAGUAAUGUAUGUAAAAAUAAAGAGGGUUACAUAAAGUUAAA